CAGGCUUAGAGUGUAAGAUGAGAAGGAGAAGGUGGGCCUCACCCAGGAGGGGAGGGCGCCCAGAAACUUCCUGCGGCUCACAGCUCCACCGAAAACUGAACGCAAGAGUCCUCCCACGAACUUUCAACUACAUCCUCGGUGUCUGGGGCAAGGGAGAAGAGAUCGGAGCUCGGGCGUCUCCAACUUGGAGCCGGGACACUGGCGAUUCCGGUUUGGACUGAGGUUCAUGUAAGCAUCCUGGAAAACUGCUUGCUACAACUCCGAGGAGGUUGGGGGGGACCCAACUGGGACUUGUCGCCUGAAGAGAAAAUUGCAGGGAGGUGACACUCUGCGUGAGCAGAGUUGUUAGGACCCUCCACUCCCCACUCCCCAAGACUAGAAGCCAAGAGCCUGGGCUUCUUGCCCCCCACCUGAGAGUCCACGCUGGAGAUCUUAAAGACUCUCGAAAAAAGCCACGUGGGGGGAUGGUUCCCCUGGGGCUUCCUCCCCUCUCCCGAUUGCCUGAUCCUCUGGAGUGUCCCCGACGUCUGCAAAGAUGUCGAUCUGGACGUGUUAGUGGAGGCCUUAAAGCCCGUGGGCACCUUUAAGAAGAUCGGGAAGGUGUUCCGCAAAGAGGAGGACUCCACGGUGGGGAUGCUGCAGAUUGGGGAGGAUGUUGACUAUCUGCUCAUCCCCCGGGAGGUCCGCCUGGCUGGGGGCGUGUGGAGAGUCAUCUCCAAGCCUGCGACUAAGGAAGCUGAGUUUCGGGAGCGGCUGAUGCAGUUUCUGCAGGAGGAAGGCCGCACCCUGGAAGACGUGGUCCGUAUCAUCGAAAAGAGCACUCCACACCCACCCCAGCCCCGCAAAAGAGCCAAGGAGCCCAGAGUGAGGCGAGUCCCGCAGAUGGUCACUCCUCCACUUCGGCUGGUAGUAGGCACCUAUGACAGCAGCAAUGGCAGCGAUAGCGAGUUGAGUGACGUCGAUACCUCUAAAGUCAAAGGCAACAGGGGCUCCGGGAGGACCAGGAAGGUGCGCAAAAUGCCGGUCAGUUACUUGGGCAGCAAAUUCCUGGGCAGCGAUGUGGAGAGCGAGGAUGAUCAGGAGCUGGUGGAGGCCUUCCUCCGCCGUGGGGAGAAAAAGCCCAGUGCUCCCGUUCCACGGCGCCGAGUCAAUCUUCCAGUGCCCAUGUUUGAGAACAACCUGGGGCCCCAGCCGUCCAAGGCGGACAGAUGGCGGGAGUAUGUCAGCCAGGUGUCCUGGGGGAAGCUGAAACAGAGGGUGAAGGGCUGGGCGCCCAGAUCAGGCUCAGAGGUGGGCCAGGCCCAGCAGGCCUCCGUAGCAGCUGAGAGGGCUGGAGAAAUGAGACACGGCCAAGCCAGCCCGGACAAUGAUAGCUCCAGAAACACAGGAGACCGGAGCGACCAGACGCUGGGGACCAGACGCUGGAAGCCCAAGAUCAAGUGGGUUUCCUUGAGACGAUGCAGGAAGGAGCAGGUGCCACCCUCGGCUCAGGGGACAGGCAUGCUAGCUGAGCAGCACCCAGAGGCUGCAGAAAACCAGGGCGCAGAGGCUGCAGCUGACCAGAGGGCAGAGGUUGCAGCUAAUCCAAGAGCAGAGGCUGCAGCUGAUCCAAGGGCAGAGGCUGCGGCAGAGGCUGCAGCUAAUCCAAGAGCGGAAGCUGCAGCUAGUCCAAGGGCAGAGGCUGUAGCUAGUCCAAGAGCAGAGGCUGCAUCUAGUCCAAGGGCAGAGGCUGCAGCUAACCAGAGGGCAGAGCCUAUAGCUAGUCCAAGAGCAGAGGCUGCAUCUAGUCUAAGGGCAGAGGCUGCAGCUAACCAGAGGGCAGAGCCUAUAGCUAGUCCAAGAGCAGAGGCUGCAUCUAGUCCAAGGGCAGAGGCUGCAUCUAGUCCAAGGGCAGAGGCUGCAGCUAGUCCAAGGGCAGAGGCUGAAGCUAAUCCAAGAGCAGAAGCUGCAGCUAGUCCAAGAGCAGAGGCUGUAGCUAGUCCAAGGGCAGAGGCUGUAGAUAACCAAAGGGCAGAGGCAGCAGCUAACCAAAGAGCAGAGGCUGCAGCUAAUCAGAGGGCAGAGGCUAUAGCUGAUCCAAGGGUAGAGGCUGCAGGUAAUCAGAGGGCAGAGGCUAUAGCUAGUCCAAGGGCAGAGGCUGCAGCUGAUCCAAGGGUAGAGGCUGCAGCUAAUCAGAGGGCAGAGGCUAUAGCUAGUCCAAGGGCAGAGGCUGCAGCUGAUCUAAGGGUAGAGGCUGCAGCUAAUCUGAGGGUAGAGGCUACAGCUAAUCUCAGGGCAGAAGUCCUAGCUGACCAGAGGGCAGAAGCCAUAGAUAGUCAGAGGGUAGAGGGCCCAGCUAACCAAAGGACUGGUGCUAUAGAAAAUCAGAGGGUGGAGGUCCUAGCUGACCAGAGGGCAGGGGUCCUCUGUGAUCAGAGGGAGGAGGCUGGAUCUCAAGCUAUACCAGAAACCUCAGCUGGUUCGGGAUCUAGGGCCCAGAAACAGGUAAAGACAGUGAGGUUCCAGACCCCAGGACGCUUCUCAUGGUUUCGCAUGCGCAGGAGAGUCUUCUGGCACACUCCCAGGUUGCCAACCCUGCCCAAGAGAGUCCCCAGGGCAGGUGAGGCUAGGAGCCUCAGGGUGCUAAGGGCUGACACCAGAGCAGAAGUGGGACACAGAGAGCAAGAAGAGCAGCUGUGAGGGAAGGCCAGCACCCCUGCCUGCCCUGUGUUAGCUGCUAGGACUGCUCCCUCCACUGUGGGCUCCUCCUCCUUCCAUGUUUGAAAAUGGAGGCUGCUGGAGUGGGGGCCAGGCAGCAGCACCCACAUUCUCCUUCUCCUUUCUACCCUCAUUCUGUACCCUCUCCUGUUCCUCCUUUCCUGCCUCCCUUCCUUCCUCUCCCUCUCCUCUCUCUCUUUUUCUUUCCUUCUCUGUCUAUUUUUCAUUGAGGCAGAGUCUUGCUAAGAAGCCCUAAUGGCCUGGUGCUCCAUAUAUAAUUGGUGUCAAACUCACAGUAGUCCUCUACCUUAGCACCCAGAGCACUAGGGUUAUGGGAGUGACCCUGUUUUGUUUUGUUUUGUUUUGAGACAGGGUCUCUCUAUAUAGCCCGGACUGACCUGGAACUCACCAUAUAGACCAGGCUGGCCUUGAACUCAAAGAUCUGGAUGUCUGCCUCUGCUAGGACUAAAGCCAUGUGCCGCCAUGCCCAUCUUCCGGUGGCCCUCUAUAUCAUCUUGUUUUUAUCUGACAAGAUUGUGUGUUCAGGGUGGUAUGGCUGUAGAUACACUUAAUUUUUUUUAUACGUUGAUGUUUUUUAAAAAAAUACUAAAUAUAGCAUCUCAAAGAAUGAAAGACGUAAAGCCGUGGAGCCUGGCUGCCUGGGUGGUGUUUGAACUUCUUAUGUAUUUUAAGUGUUCACAGCCUGGCAAAGUGAAAUGGGUAGAGGAGGGGCUUAGUCUGCCCUUUUUCUUCUGUCUGUAACUAACUUUGAUUAAUGGCCUUUUUGUACUUAAAGAGAGAACUCAAGUCGAUAUGCAAAUAAAAAUGUGUAAAAGGUG